CCCCUUCCCGCCCAGCAGCGGCCGGGCACACACACAGUUAAUCCUCCGCGGCUGCUGUUUGGAUGAAAUGCGCUGGAGCACUCGCUCUGGCUGCUCACAUCUGGCCGGCUUCCCUGCUCACGCCUGUCCGCUUCUCGCUUUCUCCUCGGCUCUUCUUUACUUUUGAGAAAGUGCAUUUCCGCCUCUGGCUACAGAGACCUUGUUGCUGAGGAGACAGAGGUGCCCGGACGGACUGGUUGCUGCUUGUCCCUCUAGCCCCGUUUGCGUCUUCUUCCGACUUUCCUCUGCUCUGUCAACAAGUCCCUGCUUCCCGACCUGGCUGGGAGAUGCUCUAAGAGGCAGCGCAGGGAGAGCCCUGGAGAGGCCGCCGCCAGCUCCGGCUGGGACAGAGGGCCCGGCAGGACAAUGGGGUCCCGAGGACGGGGACUCGUGCUGGGGUGCUGCCUGCUGCUGGCCUUCGCCUCUGGCCCUGUCCUGGGCCGUGUGCCCCGUGACCAGCAGGGGCUACAGGAACAGGAGGGGACCGAGGAGCCACCGCCACUGGAAGACCAUGCAGAGAGGGACGAAAAGUACAGCCCUCACCAGGAGCUGCCCACUCCCCGGUGCUUUCGCUGCUGCGACCCCGGUGCCCCCCUGUACCAGGCGAUUCCAGCACCCCAGAUUAACAUCACCAUCCUGAAAGGUGAGAAGGGUGACCGAGGGGACCGGGGCCUCCAGGGGAAAUAUGGCAAGACAGGCUUGGCGGGCGCCAGGGGCCACGUGGGCCCGAAAGGGCAGAAAGGUUCAAUCGGCGCUCCCGGGGACCGGUGCAAGAACCACUACGCCGCCUUCUCGGUGGGCCGGAAGAAGCCCCUGCACAGCAAUGACUACUACCAGACGGUGGUCUUCGACACGGAGUUCGUGAACCUCUACGGCCACUUCAAUAUGUUCACGGGCAAGUUCUACUGCUACGUGCCCGGCAUCUACUUCUUCAGCCUCAACGUGCACACCUGGAACCAGAAGGAGACGUACCUGCACAUCAUGCGCAACGGCGAGGAGGCGGUGAUCCUGUACGCCCAGGUGAGCGACCGCAGCAUCAUGCAGAGCCAGAGCCUGAUGCUGGCGCUGCAGGAGCAGGACGAGGUGUGGGUGCGCCUCUUCAAGGGCGAGCGCGAGAACGCCGUCUUCAGCGACGAGUUCGACACCUACAUCACCUUCAGCGGCUACCUGGUCAAGCACGCCGCCGAGCCCUAGCGGGUGCCGCCCCUCCCACCACCCGCCCUGCACAGAGUGUGCCCCACGGUCCGGCCCCAGGCUGACCCGUCGCCUCUCCCACCCUGCAGUCCUGGCCUCCGCUUCCCCAGCUUUGGCAUCGGUGGUGGAGGGGAGCCCGGUGGCCUAGUGCUCCCAGACCCUGGCGCCUUCGCAGAGCUCUGAGGGUGGAGGAAGUCGUGGGGGUGGGGCGCCCGGGAAGGGCCAGGGCUCCAGCUCCCCGCUGUGUACACAGUCGUAAUGACCCCACCCAGCGUGCUAUGAGCAGUGGCGGGGUGUAGCAUCCCGGGCAUAGCACCCCACUCCUGGCCCUGGGAAUAAUUAAGCAACUUCUAAAGGGCUUGCAAGGAGCAAAGUAAACUGCGGAGGAAAAAGGGACUCAUUAUUUUGGCAUUUCCAGCCGGCUGCUGGCUCCCAGGGGCGUGGUUUUCACUUGAGGUUAGGCGGAAAUGUGGUCGAGGCCAGGCCCAAGAGUUGUUGGAUGCAGGAAAACCGAAUCUUUCUGAGCUGUGGUGGUGAGGGGCUGGGCUGAGCAGCAAACCUCAGCUCGAAGGGCCAGCCCUGCCCCCGUGCGGUUGGCUCUGGGCUGGUAGACGCGGCCUGCUCGAUGGAGCUGACAGCUCUGGGCAGGCCCGCAGUCGUUCCUGUGAGGAGCAAAGCUCCCGGCACACCCAGGCCUGGCCUCGCUCCCCUCCUCAGCCACCCUCCCAAGUCCUGGGUGGGGUCCUUAUGCCUGCACCCCAGCACUGGCUUCCGCCUCUGCCCCUGACGCACCAGCCAUGAACCACCUGGACCUUUAUUUUUUUUCCCCCCCGCCCCCGCCACACACACCGGUCAGAGUCCUACCCAUAGUUUCGGCAUCCUGCUAUUUGCAGCUGGGAGAGACGUUCUCUGGGCCCCGGGGCAGGGGAGAGCUGGAAGACCCUCCUCGGCCUGUUCCCAGGCCUCCUGGGAGGCUCAGAGAGCAAGACUAGAGUGGAAGAGGAAGAGUGUGACCCAGCCUGGUUGGUGCUUACUCACCAGCAGGGCAGCUGGCAGGGGCAGAGGCUCCUGUGUCCCCCUCCAGGGCCACCAGUGCAGCAGCUGGCAGCCUGCGCCCUGGCUACGGGGUCAACGCACCUACCUGGGGACCACAGCUUUCCCUCACCCCAUCUGACACCAGGGCCUUCACUCCUGCUUUGAUCCCUGAGCCCCCCAAGCAGGCCUUCCUGCCAUUGCCUGCUGACCCUGGGGUGUGCUGGGGCCCUCAUCCCUCCCUGGGCCUGGUCUGGGCACACCUCCCUCUGCUGGUCAGACCAACCGCUGCGUGUCCACGGCCGCCCCGUGAGCAGGGCCUGCCACUCGCGUUUCCCCUGCUCUUUCCAGAGAACAUUAAAUUCAGAAUUGCGUUUCCAGCA